AGACGAAACCAUCAUGUCGAUUUUGGCGAUACAAGCGCUGAGCGCUGAAUGCUGGUAUAUAUAGCAUGAACGCUAGACCAUCAUACACUCCUAACAUCUCCCAUCCUCGAAUAUGACCGUAAUCUCAAAUGAUCCCAGUUGGUGGCCUUCAAUCAAUUUGAGUAUUUUUUACAGUUAUUGGACGGUUGCCGCAGGCCUCGUGGUGGUAUACGAUUGGGUAUUAACACUCAUACAAGAGAUUGAUCUGAUUUGGACCCAACGCUGGUCUCUCAUGACCGUACUGUACCUAGUCAUACGCUACGUUGGAAUACCAUAUUCUGUUGCUAGCAUUCUGGGAAUCAUUACGUUUGUCUCGUUGACAGAUGCAGUGAGUAUUCCGCAAUCAUUUCAUUCCUAUCCAAUGAAUACAUUCAUUUGUAGGGGCAAUAUCGCAAACUAUGGAGUAAAUGGGACAAAUGUGGUCGUAACUGCCAUGUUGGGCGUCAUCAUGAUUGCCCGGUUGCAUGCCAUGUACCAGAGAUCUAGGAGGAUGCUUAUCUUCCUUGUUAUCAUCUGCCUGGCCGUAAACAUCGCCUGCGGAGUAAUCACGAUAAUAGUACUCAAGUAUUAUUUCGUAUCGGAGGAGCUGAUACUCUCUGGUAUUCAUAUAUGCAGUGAGGAAUUCGAGGGGGAUACCCAGCUUCUGUUCUCAAUGGUCUGGAUGCUCAACACUGUUUGGGAGGUCCUCGCACUGUGUCUUUCAGUCUGGAUUGCUGCGAAGCACUUCCGUGACCUGCGACGACUCGGCCCAUGGACGGGGUCGACCAUCGGGGACUGUUUCAGAGUGCUCAUGGAAUCUCACGUGCUUUAUUUUGCAAGCUUUGCCGGUGUCUCUUGCCUCCAGCUUGUUAAUCUCUCUCCAGAAGUCAAGAAUUCGAAUUCUGUAGCAGUUGUGAUACUCAGUGGUGCUAUGGAAAUUUUAUUGUCCGUGCAGAUGUUUGUGCUGGGACCACGCCUCAUUCUUAGCGUUCGACAAUAUCACGCUAAACUCGUGGCCGAAUCCGACGCAGAAACUAGCAUGAAUUCGAUCGUCUUCCAGGAGCGUGUGCAUGUACCGACUAGCAGUACUGUGUAGGAAAUGGUUGUCGAGGGUUCCGCAUGGAGGAGAUGUUUGGUUGAGGAUCCGUCGUAGUAUUUAUUUUGGUUAUAGUAUGUUUAAGACGGAGUUUAUGCAGACAUUUGUUGUUGUAUCACUACUAUCCCUCCUGGCUGAGUCGUCACCCCCACAAAUCGUCACGACCUAAAUAUCUCACUCAAUUCUUACUUACACACAUAAUUUACAACUUCAAUCAGUAUCUCUAACAUGUA